GUCUGGACACCCAUCGUGUCCUCUGCCUCGCACGCUCUUUUGUUCUGUGUGUUUCUCGCGUUUCCUUACCGCGCGGGGUACGCGUAUGUUGGUGAGUUGCCGAUUAGCUGCUUGUCACCCCUGCCUACCGAUUUCUGCGCCUGCUGCCAGGCAACGACGAACGACAGUAAAUGGAUGUAAUUUCGUGUGUUCUGCUGGGAAGAUCCGUGUUUGAGAGUCACAAAGAGCUGCCUCGGAGUGCAUAAGCCUCCAUAACCCUUUUCUUAAAAAACAAAGUCACAAGCGGCACAAGGCGACCGACUCUCCAUUGCCUGGUCUUUUCCGUGUCGAGUGCAGCGCCUCUUUUUCUCUGUUUAAACUGCUGUGCGUUUUUGCGGAUUUCAGACUUCCGUACUUUCUCCAUUUUCUCGUUGUUUCCCUGGGGAAUCGAACUCGGAACAAAAAGUGAGUCGCUCUGAGGACUGGGGUGAGAAUCUUGACUUCAAAAUUUCCUUUUCGUCUGGAACCCUUUGCUGUCGAGGGGGGCUGUCUUCACUUGCCACACCUGUCUACCUCGCCGUGUUCACGCGUCUUCCCGUUAGCUUCCACGCUUUUCCCCGUAUCUGGCCUCUUUCUUUUCGCGCCUCUGCUUUUUUCGUUCCAAUUUCUCCCCUUUGAAAACUGUUUCUGCGGGACACUGCAGACUCUUCGCUGUCUGCACAUUUCAUCGCUCCGGCCAACCACCAGGUCUCGGGCAGUCUUGCUUGGCACGCAGCACACGGAUUCUUUUUUCCUUCGAUUCUCAAAUGUGUUUUUUCUUUUGAUCGCUACCCACUGAGACUUUUGAAAAAGAUGCGCCCUUUGUACUCUCCAACGUUUCGGCGCUGAAUGCGAACGAGCCGAACUCGCUAACAGCCACGCAUCAGCCGCCUCUCUCACCUCGAGACCCCCGCGUGUGUUGUUACCUAUGUUCCCAUAUAUAUAUAUACAUAUAUAUACAUACGCAGAUAUACAUAUUUACCAUCCAAUGUGUGUUUCCACAUAAAUAAGUUUUUGUGCGUGGAUGCCGCAUGCGUAGUCUCUCUGGAGAGGAGAACCUGUUAGUUUCUACGCGAGCGUCCAAAGGCUCACGCGCAGCCGAGGCGAAAGCUCUCUUGGUCGUCUUUCUGCGUGUUUCCCAGCGUGUCCCGGUUUCCGCUUUCCUUGUCACAGAUCGUAUUGAACUCGGUGGAUGUCCACCGCGUGUAGGCGGCCUCGAUUCACUCGCGAUUCGUUUUUCCCCACUGAGAGCUGCUCACUGCAUUUGUCGUUCGUUCCUUCUUUCCUUGGCUGCGGACUUUCUACAUGACUCAGAACCACAAGUAGGCUCUUUGCUGUUCCUCUUCACCUUAACAGAUCCGAAGAAAUUGAUUUCAGGCUGCACACACGAUUUAACACCCGUGGCUCUGCGGCUUUUUCUCGGCUUUCCUCGUGCUGCACCCGGGCUCUCUCACGAACUAGCCGCUGCCCAUAAAUACAAGGCGCAAGGUCUGUCUACCCUUCCACCUCCUCGCCUUCUUCCUGCUCGUUCUUCAAACAUGUUGUCUGGACCGUAGGGCGACGCUGCUGCCGUUUGCCCGCAUCUUCGUGUCGGUCGCAAGCAAUCCGUAGCUGUUUGUGUCAGUGCCGGUAAAGGUCUGUGACGUUUGUUCUUGUUUUUCUUGGCGCAUCAUGUGUGGCGUCGCCUGUCGCUGCAUCGCCCCUCUUUCGCUUUCUUAGCGGCCCUGCAAGUUCGACGGAGCGUUGUUUCUUCAGAACUCUCUCCCGUCGUUCGUGUUCGCGGGGAAUCGUGGAAAGCCACAGAGCUCUCCCCCUCCGUGUGCCUUUCCGAAGAGCUCUGGUCUGCCUUUCCCUACACUGUAAAAUUGCUUGUCUGCGCCUCACUCGUCGAGAAACUAUUCUUUUUGUAGUUCCUCCCCGCAGCUGCACUAUGCCGCCAGGGACGACGCAUCGAAGUGGGCCGUCCCGUCGACGGCUGUUUUCUUUUUACGGCUCUUCUGCAGAUUCCGACGCCGGAUUUUCUGCAGAAGCCGACGACACGCUAACUGGAGUGGGUCGAUCGAAACUCGCGUCUUCGUACCAGGCACCUCCGUACUUGUCCUCGUCUCGCCUUUCUUCCUCGCUGUACAUCCCGUCCGCCUAUCUGUCUUCCUCGUUUGCGCCGUCUUCUGCACGAGCAUGCUACUCGAGUUCCAGAGGCGCAGAGUCGCGGCCUGGGCGCCGAGAGCGGGAGACAGAGUCGCGCGCGGCCUCCUCUUCGGACUUUGCCUUCCGGUCGCCCUCGCCGCUGUCUCCACGCUCACCGCUCUCUAAGUCUUCUUCGAAAGAGUCUUUUUCGCACGAUUUUUUCCCGCGCAACUCUUUUCCGCACGCGUCCACGAACGCGGAACAAGGAGAGGCUGCGGACGCCAGGGUGGAGCAGUCGGCAGACGUGGAGCACCUGAAGCGCGUGGUCAGCCGCAUCGAACGGGACGACGCAGCGCAGCGCCAGCAAAUUCGUCAGCAGCAGACGCUGCUGCAGAAGCAGGAGACGCUGCUGCUGCACCAAGAGCGCCAGCUCGUCGAGCGCGAGGAGGAAGUCCAGCGGCUGUCCAGGGAGCUGACGCAACUCAAACUCGAGGUGAAGGAGCGGCAGGUGGUGGCCGAGGAAGCCCGCGCCGGCUGGCUAGACGCCGCGCGCUCUCUCCAGGCCUUCAAGGCGCGCGUCCGCGACGGCGCGGAGACGAGGCGACUCGUGGAGGACCUCCUUGGAGAGGCCAAGCAAAAAGAAAAGAGCCUCGCGGAAAAAAUCGCCUUCCUCGAGAAGCAGUGCGGCCGAAGCCGCGAAGACAUCUCGGACAAGAGGGCAGGCGACACGCCGGAGACAGACCGAGCGGACAACGAAGCGCGGCCUUCCGCAACGGCAGACGCGGACAGGCGGCCCCUCAAAACGGGAGACGACCACGGGCGGGGAUCUACACAUCCCGAGAAGGAGAGCGAAACCGUUCCCCGAGUCCCGUCGGCGCGAGGAGUGGAGAGCACGAGCGUUUUUCUGGGCUUGCUGAAACAGUCGAUGCGCGAGAGGGAGGGAGAUGAAGAAGACGCCGCACACGCACAAAAGCUGAGGCAACUCUUAGCUGAGCAGCCGAGCCUCGCAGACGCGAAAGAGGUCCGGGCCUUCCUCGCUCAAAGUCUCCGCCGCGAAACGCUGCAAGUUCGGUUGUACGUACAGCAGCGUCGUGCGCUGCGAGCUGCAGAGAACGGUUGCGAGGACGACGGAGACCCAGGCUUCGAAGACGAGGAGGUCGCUUGGGUCGAGGAGGCACACGAGAAGCUCCGCGCGCACCACGUCCCCAAAGAAACGCUGUUUCUUCUCUUCUCCUUCGCCUGCGCCUCCACGCUCCACACAGUCAUGCUCACUUGUCUUGAAGAAGGCAACACCCGGUGGCUCUCCCUCCUCAAGGAAGCCGUCGUCGCGCAGUUCCUCCAUCGACGCCUCACCUCCUUCCAAGACGUCUCUCCUCCGUCUUCUUCGUCUGCUUUGUCUUCUUGUUCUUCUGUUGACCUUUCUUGUGUGGGGGGUGGCGACCGAUUUGUGUCGUCGGGGAGGCGCGGGGGAGGUGAGGGCGAAGAAAAGGUCGGAAGGACCGUCGGAGAGGCAGCGUCGUUUCGCGAGGCAUCUGCUGGCACUUCCUUUGCGCGUGGAGACCUAUGCGAUCUCCGUGGCAGCGCCCAUCGGGAGCUGUCUCUGUCGGCUGAGACAGAAGGCGGGGCGCCGCCCCAGGGAGGGGAGAGAGCCUCCGCCGUGACCCUCAGAGGAGUCAGCGGAGAGAAGGAGAAGGAACACCCCGAGGGAAACGAGAAGAAAGAAAAGACAGAAGUGUGCGCUGGAGGACAGCAGAGAUCCGUUGUCGGGCAUGACCCAGAGACAGAUGGGCCUCUCUCGCCCAGCGAGCGGCACCACCCUCUCCUCGUUCUCCUCCGUAGCUCGCGCGGGAACUGGCAAGCGUCUCUGUCUUGGCUCUCUCAAACUCUCCUCGCUGCAGGACCUUCCUUCUUCUCUCUGCACUACUCCAAAGCACAGCCUUCGUCUUUCGCUGCUUCCUCCUCCCCAUCGUCUCCUUCUGCUGAGCAGACCGGGCGAGGAGAGAGAGAGAGAGAGUCUGCGUGGUUGAGUCGCGCAGGACAGUUGAUUGACGAGGACGGGAACAGCGUGUUGCACUGGGCGUGCAGGCGGAGUGCUCCGGAAGUCAUUUCUCGCUUUGGGCUCCUGGCCUUCCCGAGUUUGCCGAUUUUCUCGAAGAACAAAUUUGGGCAGACGCCGGCAGACCUCGUCCCCCCUUUCCUCGCGUCUCCCGCCAAUGCGGAGAAGCUGAGUGACGCCGCGAUUCUGAACGCGCACAAGGCGAUCAAGCUGUGGAGACCGCUCGUCUUCGAAAUCGCGAACAAGGCGAGCGCCUUUUACCGGAAUCACGAAAACGAGGCCGCCUAUUAUACGUACACCGAAGCCUUCAAGCUGCAGUCCUUGCUGCUGGAGACGCACCGCCACCUGGAAAGCAUCGGCCGCCCCACACUUUCGUCAACUAUCUCUCUCGUCGAAAACACUGCCAAGCUCGCGUUCAACAAGGCUCGAAGCGCGCUGAGAUUGCGAAUGUGGCAAGAAGCUGUGCGAUGUGCAGCAGACUGCUCGGCGUUGAUGCCGUCGUACCGCGGCGCUUACGACACUGCAGCAGAGGCCUGCGAGUUGCUGCUCGACUGGGAGGGGGCGCUCGCAGCCAUGACGCAAAUGCAGCAGCGCUGCGGCGCCUCCUUCACUGCCGCAGAUCGUCUGAGAAAGGAACGUUGCGAGGCGCAGUUGAAAGCUUCCGCCUUCCAAGUGCUCGGCGUUGAGAAAGGCGCGUCCGCAGCUCUCAUCAACCGAGCGUUUCGUAAGUGGAGCAUUCGCUUCCAUCCAGACAAGGCGUCAGGCCUCGCUCCCGACCUCCGCGUUCGCAACGAGAACUUUUUCAAGAGGUUGAACGACGCGAGACUGGCGCUGCUCGACCGCGAGCGAUGCGCCAUGCAUCUGCGACUGCCGCACCAGCCGCUGUACGAACACCCGGGAGAAGCAGGCGAGUUUCUUCAGUGUUCGCGAGAGAAAAAAUGUGGACCAACUUUCCGAGAGGACAGCUGCGCCUCUCCCGAGAAAGCUUCUUCCUUCUCUUCUGCCCAGUCUGCUUCUUCUGCUUCUGCCUUCUCUUCUCCUUCUGCUUCUUCACCGUCUGAGGAGAAGAAUUCUUCUGCGUCCGAGAAACCCCGCCCCUUCUUAGGUUCCGCGAGUGUAGAAGCCUUGGAGCAACAGAGAGAGGCACUCUUGAGGUCGCUUGCGAGUUUGGAGAGACAGCGUCGAGGCAUCGAAGAAGAAAUCGCUGAAGAAGAGAGAAGGGAGGCUGCGCGCGGUGACAGCCGGGAGCCGCUUGCGCGUGCAAGGCGCCACCAUCGCGAACAAGAGAUCCAGAAACUGAAAGACAAAGAAGAAUCGAAAAGGCAAACCCUCAGCGACGUCCUCCACGAACUCAAACGGAGACACCAAGAAUCGCAAGGAAAAGAGGCGACACACGAAAAAGGGGACGAAGGAGAACGAGAAAGAGAAGACAACGAAGAAGAGAAAGAAGAAGAGAAGGAAGAAGAGAGAGAAGAUAGGGAAGAAGAGAGAGAAGAUAGGGAAGAAGAGGGAGAAGAGAAGGAAGAAGAGGGAGAAGAGAAGGAAGAAGAGAGAGAAGAGAAGGAAGAGGAGAGAGAAGAGAAGAAAGAGAGUGGACAAGCUGGAGUUUUACCGGAGACGCCAGGUGACCGCACGCAUAGACGCUCCGAUACCAGCAUGAACUCGACUUUGAUCGGAGAAGAGAUGGAUUCCUUUUCGCUCGAGGAGCGAGGAACAGAAAGCGCAGACAGAGCGUUUGUUUCUUCUGCGCGUGCGUUCUCCCAGCUUUCGCCGCGCUCUGCGGGUUCAGGUGCUUUUUCGCGGGUGAGGGAAGCGCCGUCCACUCGGGAAGAUGUAGAAGACGAAAACGACUUUCUGCAGGCAUGUGGAGAAGACGCAGACUGGGGCUACGAGACGGGAUCGGACGACCAGGCGUUUUUUCUGAAUCAGGAAAUGUUUACGUCAGUGGGAGAGCAGCGGGAAGCGACUUCAGACGUGCCAAAGCGGGGGAAAGAGAAAAGGACCGAGACUCACGGGAGGUUCCGCGACCAUACACAAGACGCCUUUUUCGGCGGUUCUUCUCAAUCCGAGGAGACUACGUCGUUACCGACAUUCGAAGACAACCUGCCUUGCACGACCACAAAGACGGGGGAGACAUCGAGCUACUCGUCGUCCUUCUCUUCGCUCUCGGCCUCGCUCGCGCGCGCCAAAGAGGUCUUGUCCAGGACCCGCGCCGCGGCGGCCUCCAGCCCUCUGCCCCAGAAAAAAGGAACUCUUUCCUCUCCGCCUUCCUCACCAAGUAUUUCUCCCUCUCGUCGCCUUCCCAGGCAGACCGCCGGCGCUAGCUUCUUUGCCUCGUCUUCUUCGUUCUCCUCUUCUUCGUGUGGCGGCAGCGAAGGUGUCUCCGAGGUGCGAGUCCCGAGCAGGGGGUCUCCUCAGAAAGCUGUGGGGAUGGAGAACAAGACGGAGACAGCUCGCCGGUUCUUCGCAGCGCCGGAGGAGCUGCUGAGAGAGCGAAGAGGAGAGACUGAGAGGAAGAAGAUGGCGCCGCCUCCGCUGUCGAAGUCUCCGAUUCCUCUCUUGAAAAUCGGCUCGAGCAACUCCGAGAAGAACAAAGGAACGCGAGAAAUCAAGGAACCCAGAGACGCAACGGAGACAGAAGCACACGCAGCAAAAGAGGCGAGGAAAAACUCGCUCUUCAGACCUGUGUCAGCGCCUUCCUCUUCGAGUGAGAAAGGUGAAGGCGAUCGGUCGAGGCGGGAGAGGUGGGCGACGCAGAACCAGAGUUUCUUUUUCUUUCGCGAGACAGACCGUGUCGCAAAGAAGCUGCAGACAUCGGACAGGCCCCAGGGAAGUCGCCUCUCAACGGCGACUGGCGAGCAACGGAGAGAGGUCCUCUCGUCGCCCAAGAACGAACAGAGACACCCCUACGUCGGGGACCCGCAGCCGAGCUCCGAGAGCCGGACCACCGAGAGCAAGGGGAAGAGCGACGCAGAGCGUCCCGAGGAGACAGAAUGCCGAGGAGGGAGAGACGCAGCGUCGACGCGAGCGAGAGACGACGCAGAGGGCAGAGAAGACGCGGAUCUAAAGAAGAGCAGAAAUUUUCUGUUCGAAGAAGAUCCAGACCUCCCUCACAACUCAGGAAAAAAACGCGCAGGCGACAAGUCGCGCUUCCCGCCUGAGGAACUUUGGAGCACAGGGAAGAACAAGAGACUCCCUUCUUCCUCGUGUCUCCAGGACAACACACCUGCUUUUCCGGAUUCUCUCGACGCCGUCGACGCGCCUCGAGUCAUCCCUCCCUCUUCUGCUAAGUACGCGGGAGGCGCGCCAGGGGCGGGGGAGGGGAGGAGUCGCGACUGUCGAGAGGAAGAUCAGGGUGAGACUUGUUUCCUCUGGAAGCGGAAGUCGACGCUCAGAGAGAGUGAAAGCGCGUCUUCACUCCCCGCGACGCCGCAGGAGAGAGAAGGCGAAGACGCCUGCUUCUCGCCUCAUUCUCUCUCUUCUCGUCAGGAAUCUGCGGAGUUUUGUCCGCCUUCGUCACGGUCGCCGUCGGGGAGAGAAUCGGGAGAUAGCGAGACGAGAGAAGCUGCGCUGCAUGCAGAAAGACACACGCCUACGGGGAGAAAGGCAUCAGAGUUCUUCCUCGCGGCCGCGCUUCCACACGCGGCUCUGAAGAAGCAGGGGGAAACCGGAAGAGAGAAGGGAGACAGAGGACACGGAGGAGAAAGAGUCUCCGACGCGCAUGUCACUCCGCGCGAGAAGGGAGGCGACCGGGUUUCUGCGGAGAACUGCGAAUUCUAACGAAGAAACACCGAGGCAGGGAAAGUCGAAAGUGCAGUCCAGAAGUCGCUAGAGAGACACUACGAAAGUCUGCAGAGCAGGACAGGCGCCCACAGAGACAGACGGAAGAGAGAGAGAUGAAGAAGUCAGACAAGAAAGAGAGAGACGAGGAGGAAGGAAGAGGACGAGAGGGAAGAAUAGAAUGGGAACGUUAGAGAGAGCGAGAAAGCAAAAGUAUCGAUGUGUGCGGUUUUGAACGGAGAGUUCAUCGGAGUCGGGGUGAACGCUUGAGGUGGCUGGGCGUUGAUUUUCUUAGGAACUCUUUUCGUUGAAAUCUUCGAACUCGACUACCUUCUUCACUGUCAAUCGCGAGACGCGU